AUGUUGCUAGCUAUGCAAACCCACUUGUUAGAAGCUGUUCUAGUUGAAGAGUAUCCUGCUCUUGGCCUACUUUUGAUUUCACAAGCCAGCUCAUUGGAUAUGGGCAUUAGCACCUUGAUAUCACCUGCAGACUAUUUGGCUGAGAUCGGCCUAGGUGCUUAUGUGAGCCGUACCAACUGUUGUGAGACAGCGCAGUGCAACUGCGACCUUGGCAACCGGACGGUGAUUCACGUCCUGCUUGACUGCCCGCUGAAUCAGGACGAGCACAACCUGGUGAGAAACGCUCUUUACGACCAGGGAAUCGCUCUCCGUCGAGACGAGCUUCUGCCGCGGUCGGAUGCUCGCACAAUUGUGGCCGAGUUCAUUGUUAAAACCGGCCCCCUGGGCCAGUUCCAGGCAGUCGAUCCAACUACUUUAGGUGUGGAAGAAGGGGAUGAGUAA